GAGCACUGCCCCUUUAACAGCAGGCCGAUGAAUCGAUAGGCUGGGAGGUGCUCGGCUAGUCGUCCUGCUCUGUGUAACACGUGGUUCGUAUAGUAAGGAGCAUUGAGUGUGUUCUACAGACAGUGGCCGCCAUGGCGCAGAUCCAGGCUCGGUUCUUCACCAGGAAUAAGAAGUAUAAGAUCGAUGAUGUUCCAUUUUCCAUUCCUGCUUCCUCAGAAAUAACUGAUCUCAGCAAUAUCAUCAACAAGGUGCUUGAAACAAAGAAUGAUGAACACACUCACGUGGAGUUUGACUGCCUUGUCAGGAGCCAGUUUCUUCGGUUGCAACUUAUCAAACACAUGGAAAUGGAAGGCAUAUCAACAGAAGAAGUGGUUGAAAUAGAAUAUGUGGAAAAGAUUACAGCCCCCCAACCUGAAGAAUGCAUGCUUCAUGAUGACUGGGUCAGCUCCAUAGCCGGAAGUGAAGAAUGGAUUUUAACAGGUUCUUAUGACAAAACAUGUAGAAUCUGGUCUGUCGAGGGGAAGCCACUCAUGACCAUAGCAGGCCACACAGAAGUUGUUAAAGAUGUUGCCUGGGUGAAGAAAGACAGCCUGUCCUGUUUGCUACUGAGUGCAUCGAUGGACCAGACUAUUCUUCUUUGGGAGUGGAAUGCUGAGAAGAAUAAAGUGAAGGCUCUUCAUUGUUGCAGAGGACAUGCUGGCAGUGUGGACUCCAUAGCUGUGGAUGGUUCUGGCAGUAAAUUUUGCAGUGGCUCAUGGGACAAGAUGCUGAAGAUCUGGUCCGCAGUGCCUACGGAUGAAGAAGAUGAAGUUGAGAACAAAUCAAACCGUCCAAGGAAGAAACAGAAAACUGAGCAGCUGGGUUUAACUAGAACACCGGUUGUUACUCUUUCUGGACAUAAUGAAGCCAUUUCAUCAGUGCUGUGGUCUGAUGCAGAUGAAGUUUGCAGUGCAUCAUGGGAUCACACUAUUAAAGUGUGGGAUAUUGAAGCAGGGGAAGCUAAAACCACUUUGACUGGAAGCAAGGUGUUUAAUUGUAUUUCUUACUCGCCACUGUGCAAACGACUGGCAUCUGGUAGUACAGACCGACAUAUCCGUUUAUGGGAUCCAAGAACUAAAGAUGGGUCCCUGGUCCUGCUUUCUUUAACUUCUCACACAGGAUGGGUAACAACAGUAAAAUGGUCGCCAACCAAUGAGGAGCAACUUGUAUCUGGAUCACUUGAUAGGAUUGUGAAGCUUUGGGACACCAGGAGUUGUAAAGCCCCUCUUUAUGAUCUUGCUGCACAUGAAGAUAAAGUUUUAAGUGUUGACUGGACAGAACAUGGGUUGAUCCUAAGCGGAGGUGCAGACAACAAACUGUAUUCCUACAGAUACACAGCGCCACCUUCAGAUGUUGGUGCAUGAACUACAAUGUGGACUAAUUAUUAAUUCAAAUGGACAGAAGCCCUAAACUCCUGUGCUCAUUUGUUUCCAUUUGGCUCUCCUUGGAAAGCUGAUCUUGCAGUGUACAGAUUCUGCCAUUUCAUUUUAGAGUUCUUCAAGAAUUGUUGGUCUCUUAUAGCACCUGUAUUCCGUGCUGAACUUGGUGUAGUUUUCCACCUAACCGCAUAUAUACAACUUUUAAAAAUAGAAUCCAAGGCAUAAAAACUGUAAGUUUAUUGAAAAUCUAUACUAAAAAAAUACAACAGGGCCUUGUCCAUAGAGAUUUCCACUCUCUGUGGCUUUGGAUUCUCUUUUUGAUAGUUGUAAGAUUGGUGGGGGUCUCAGUACUGGGUACUGUAAGUAAGCUACACUUCUGGCAUGUCAGGAUUCUAUAGCUGAUUCAAUAAUUUCCACUGGUUCUCAUCACAACGUGUACCUUUUUUAUUUGUCAAUACAGACUCCUGUGUUUUUUUUUUUUUCCCUUAAGUGACAUUUUAUAAAGCACAUCAACCAAACAAAGCUAUUUAUCUGA